GUGAGGGGAGCUUCUCUUAGAACACAGAGCCUUCAGGAAGGUGGAACUGCAACGUAUUUCCUGUUUUCAUCUGUCAACGAGAUAAAACACACAAAGCAGCUGGAAGUAUGGAUGACGACGUAUUGACCACUCUGAAGAUUUUGAUAAUCGGAGAAAGCGGAGUAGGGAAGUCCAGUCUUCUCUUAAGGUUUACGGAUGAUACUUUUGAUCCAGAACUCGCGGCAACCAUUGGUGUUGAUUUCAAAGUGAAAACUAUAUCAGUGGAUGGGAAUAAGGCAAAGCUUGCGAUAUGGGACACGGCUGGCCAGGAACGGUUCAGAACUCUGACUCCUAGCUACUACAGAGGAGCACAGGGUGUGAUCCUGGUAUAUGAUGUGACGAGACGAGAUACGUUCGGCAAACUUGAUAACUGGCUAAAUGAGUUGGAAACAUACUGCACAAGGAAUGACCUCGUCAAAAUGUUAGUUGGAAACAAAAUUGAUAAGGAAGGUCGGGAACUAGACAGGAAUGAAGGCCUUAAAUUUGCAAGGAAACAUUCCAUGCUUUUUAUAGAAGCCAGUGCGAAAACUUGUGAUGGUGUACAGUGCGCUUUUGAAGAACUUGUGGAGAAAAUCAUUCAGACACCUGGACUGUGGGAGAGCGAGACCCAGAGCAGAGGAGUGAGGCUGUCUGACCAGGAGGAGGGCAGUAGAGCUGGAAGCUGUGGCGGAUACUGCUCCAUGUUGUAAAAAAAAAAAAAUCACAAAACUAAAACACACAUUUUUUAGACUAUUUAAACAGCUGAUGAACUGUAUUCCUGUCUAUACUUUCAUGAGCUGAUGUAAUAGGAACAUUGCUGUUUGCACACUUUUUGGUAACAUGGCAAGAGCCAUUGUUUGUAAAAAAGACCCGCUCCCAAACCACUUCUCGAGACUUGCAAUCAGUCUGUGACCAUGGGUACAGUGGUCUAGUUCAUAUACAUAUGAAGAGCAUUGAAUGUGGCUGGUUUCGGUUAAUGUAGCAAAAUAUUUACAACUCACACUAAAGAUAAACACAUCCCUGUUUGCUGCCUUCUAGUAUCAUGCCAUUAUGUCAUUUGUACUUGACAGCAUACAUGUUUUCCAUUGAGCACAAACAUUAUUCCUUUCCUCCUGUCGCUGUUUUGAAUGUGCGGAAUUGACAAAUUCAUUGUGUAUAUGCAAGCACAAAAUCACUAAAAAAGGGAUUUCUUUUCCCCAGUGUAAGCUGCUUGCUGUACGCUCCGCAUCAUCACGUCUUUUAAUCCGAAAAGAAGGAAACGCUUCAUUUUAACAUUUUAUUUGAGCGGUGAAAAUGCUGUUAGAUGCUACCAAGUUGUGGACUUUUUUGUAAUGUUAUUCUGAAUCAGUUAUUUGUUUGAACCAAUUAAUAAUAGUUCCAGACUUUUUUGGCUCUGCUUUUUAUUACUCUUAUUAACUCAGACUGCAUUCUUUAAACUGGGUUUGAAAGGUUUAUAAAUCAGGCAGAUUGGCACUGUAGCUUUCUAUUGUACGCUGCAAAAGCAUAAAAAUACAUGUCUUGCUUUGUUUCCUGUUUCCUUAGCUAGGUCUUUAAUGGUCCAUAGCACAGGGACAUUCUGACUUUCUUAAAAUAUCUUCACAUCAAAGAUUAAACUCAAUUUAUUACAUUUAUCUUAUGAAUCAUUCCCAAAUCUAAACUAUUUAACAAACCAUUAGUGAGGGCUUUGCAGUUCAGUGAAACACAACAGAUAUACAGUAUUCUGAGCCUAAGAAAUACAGCAUUUACUUUUUUUCCAUUCCAGGCACAUUGCUGAAGUGUACUUCUGUGCAUGUGUAUAAAAAUUGCAGCAUGCAGCAGUAUAAAUCAGACCACUUAUCUGGACAAUGUACAGAUGUUUGAAGCAUGUAUGUCUUCUGUUUAUGUUGGUGGGGUACAUUUACAUCUAACCUGUUAAUCCAAGUAUAAUUAGUUUUUGCUAUAUAUAUAUAUUUAUAUAUAUAUAUAUAUAUAUAUAUAUAUAUAUAUAUAUAUAUAUAUAUAUAUAUAUACAGUACUGUGCAAAAGGCAGGUGUGAAAAAAUGCUGUAAAGUAAGAAUGCUUUCAAAAAUAGACAUGUUAAUAGUUACCUGCCUAAAACUUUUGCACAGUACUAUAUAUAUAUAUAUAUAUAUAUAUAUAUAUAUAUAUAUAUAUAUAAAUAAUAGCAAAAACUAAUUAUACUUGGAUUAACAGGUUAGAUGUAAAUGUACCCCACCAACAUAAACAGAAGACAUACAUGCUUCAAACAUCUGUACAUUGUCCAGAUAAGUGGUCUGAUUUAUACUGCUGCAUGCUGCAAUUUAUAUAUAUAUAAAUUGUCUACAUGUUUGUAUUGUUACCCUAAAAUUCAAAGAACUCUUCAAGUGUUCACUUAAUAAAAAAACAGUAAUUUAUGUGCUAAAACAGUCACCAAAUGUUGCAUUCUUGGGGAGGGUGGGAGAAUCAUGAUUUAUUUAAUACCCAUGUUUUUAAUCUGUUGUUUUUGUGGAAAAUGGUUGAUUGUGGAGGUUAAGAAUUAGGCAAUAUGUGUUAAAGUAUAACUCAAUCUUAUAUGAUCUCCACAGAAAGUAGUUUUGUUUAUAUUGAUUACCAUAUUUCUCAUGAAACAUCUUUCACACACACACACACACACACACACAUCUAUAUAUGUAUAUAUAUGCGCUUUAUUAGACCUGGAGCUUGAGAUGGUUGUCCACUGUUUUAAUGCUAUCUACUGCUUUUAAAAAUAUUGCAUAUAUACAGUACUGUAAAAUCCUAAUCUGUUCAUGUAAAUAAAGAAUUAGUAUCUGAUGGA